AUGGAUGUCUACCGGCAGGCCAGCGAGAUUGUGCGCGCCGUCCGUGAGGGCAAUGGCACCGCAAAGGCUCUCUGCCUUCGCAAGGAGAUGCAGAAGAAGAAGCAGACGUAUGCGGUGGUGUGCGAAACGCUGCGGCAUCACGACCUCCUGCAGGACGUCCUCGAUCAGGCAGAGUUCUUCAAGUACUACCCGCGCGCCAACAAGGGGUUCGCCAUCUGCAUGGCGUACGACGUCGUGUUGGGAAAAGGGCUGAACACCAAUCGCGAUACGACGGCGCAGGCGAUCCAAAAGUCCGCGCCGUAUCUGCGGGAGGCGUAUUGGCACGUGAAGAAGCACCACGUCAUUCCCCCACGUGCGCAUGAGCCUUUUGCCGAGGACGGUAGCAACCGGGGCGGGGAGGGGGAUGGUAACCAAAAUAACGGGGACGGGGGCAAUUACAGUCGCCCUCACAAGGGCGCGCAGCCACGCCCCUCGGGCGAUGGCGAUACGGCGACUCAGGCAGCCGAGCUGCUGAUUCCACGGUACGCGCGCGUGAACACGUUGAAGAUUGACAUGGAGAGCCUGGUCGAGCGUCUCCAGCGAGCUGCCGAGAAGCGCGGCCGUGAAGAUGGGGCGAAACCUCAGUUGCAGCAGCAAAAAAAACAACACUAUGCGAAGGGGUUUCGCACCUUGCCGGCUUUCACUGUAGAUCCUGUUGUACCGUCGCUGCUUGUCUUUCCCGCAGGCACCGAUCUUCACGCCCACCCCGCGGUGCGGAGCGGUCAGCUCGUCCUGCAAGAUCGUGCGUCGUGUCUGCCCGCAUGCGUCCUGUUGGAGGCGGUGGAGGUGGUUAGGGCGUCGUCCAUCGCGGCCCCCGCACCGCUUGAGUACAUCGUUGACGCCUGUGCCGCCCCUGGCAACAAAACAACGCAUCUCGCGGCGCUGGGUGCCCCAACUGUGAAAAUCAUGGCGGUGGAGCGCGACGAGAAGCGCGCGGAGCUGCUGCGCAACCGCGUCCAAAGCCUCGGCGCCAGUGACUACGUGAAUGUCGUCAACAUGGACUUUUUCCAGAUGUCCUCUGCGGAUCGUGAGGCAACUGAGGGAAUUCUGCUGGACCCAAGUUGCAGCGCGAGCGGGGUUUGGACGCGCGUAGAUGUUUCGCUCAUGCGGCAACGCCAAGCCCGUGCCGCCGACGCCAAGGAAGACGGCAAGGGCGAGGGUGUGGCCGGCAACACUGAGUCUGGGGCCAUUAGCCCUGAAGAGCACGGCGCUGAAUUCGCCAGCAACGCCGAUCGCGUCAUGGGGCUUGCGCGGCUGCAGCGGAAGCUUUUGGCGCAUGCCCUACUCUCCUUUGACAAUUGCCGCACUGUUGUGUACUCCACCUGCUCCGUGCACGAGGAGGAGAACGAGUGUGUGGUGCGGCAGGUGCUAGAGGACGCGCGGGUGCAGGCGCGUGGCUGGACGCUGAGCAGCAUCAUGCCGACCACGUGGAACACGCGCGGGCACAAGUGCGAGGGCGACGCGUUUCCGCUGGACCACACCAUCCGCUGCGACCCCGUCGCCGACGCCACCAACGGUUUUUACGUGGCCCGCUUCGAUCGCACCGUUUAA